AUGAUUGACGUUCUCAUGGGAUAUGAGAAUUACACAAAUGUACAUAAUAUAUAUAUCACCAUAACACGACUUAGUCAUACAAAUAUCUACGACUGUGAAAGCAUUCACACCGAAAACAAUGAAGAAUCUUACUCUCCUCAUAUUCACCGCAAUACUUGUGGGUCUCCUUUGCACACCAGCUGCCGGAAGUCUGUUGUUGCUACCGUUGUCAAUCAGACUUGCACUGAAACCAAUGCUCAAAAUGGGUUGCAGACUUAUGCCUAGGUAUCUGGUCCCGACAGCGGAGGAGAUAGCCACCUUCUGAUCUUUGAAUUACUGUGUGUUUUACACAAGGUUACUUGGAAUUGUGAAACUUUGUUGAUGUAAUAAAACCAG